AUGGAAGAAUCGGCCGUGAUCUCGAUUGAGGAAACGACCGUGGUCUCACCGAAAGAGUCGACCGUGAUUGCUAUAGACACGUUGACCGUGUUAUUGCCGUAUGUUGGAGACGCGCCGGAAGCCGGAAACUCACGUGUGGCUGACGGUCACGACGCGAUGUGUCCGCCCGACGGAAGUUUUUGUUUGGUUUUCACCUGCGUUCUUGGCUUUGCGGCCACGAUGAUUUUGGACGGAGUGUGCUUGUCGUUAUUUUUGUACGACAGCAACGUCGUUAUGGCCGAACAAUUAUUGUCGUCGUCUUUAUCUGCCUUGGAACACUUGUCCGUCGUCUGGCUCUGA